AUGGGUCUCUUGUCGCUCGGAACACCAAUGCACUGGGACGAGGCAAAGCAGUACGCCGACCAUGUCCGCGCCCACGGCAUUAUCCAGUUUCUCAACCUCUGGGAGGCUACCAAGAACUCCCAGAAGGACUGUCUCCUCUGGGGCGACGAGAUCGAAUACAUGGUCGUCUCUUACGAUGACGAGAACAAGAAGGCCAAGCUUUCUCUCCGCGUCUGGGAGAUCCUUCAGGAGCUUGCUAAAGAGGAAGAAGAAGCCGCCAACGACCCUGCCAAAAAGUUGUUCGUUAAUUCGUCAUGGCACCCAGAGUACGGUCGCUACAUGUUGGAGGGGACCCCUGGCGAACCCUACAUGGGACUUCCCCGAGAUCUGCUCGCGGUCGAACGCAACAUGAAACUCAGACGCGAGUUGGCCUGCAAGUUCAUGAAGCCCAACGAGGUCCCCGUCACGUUGACCUCUUACCCUCGCUUGGGAUGCGCCGGCGAGGGUCUUGAUCCUCACCAUGACCCUCACGGACCCGCCGCGCGCAGCUUGUUUGUCCCCGACGACAUUAUCAACGCCCAUGUGCGUUUCCCAACUUUGACCGCCAACAUCCGCAGACGCCGUGGAGCCAAGGUCGCAAUUAACACACCCAUCUUCCACGACAAGAACACACCCAAGCCCUUCAUUGAUCCGACUAUUCCCACCUUCAACGACUACCCCGAGGACAAGAAUGCGAUCGAGCAGGGGGCAGCUCUUCCCGAUCACAUCUACAUGGACGCGAUGGCCUUUGGCAUGGGAUGCUGCUGCCUUCAGAUCACCUUCCAGGCCGUUAAUGUGGAGGAAGCUCGCAAGAUCUACGACCAGAUGGCGCCAUUGGGACCUAUCAUGUUGGCCCUGACCGCUGCUGCACCGAUCUACCGCGGAUAUCUGAGCGAUGUGGAUUGUAGAUGGAACGUUAUUGCCCAGUCGGUCGAUGACAGGACAGAGGAGGAACGCGGCUUGAAGCCAUUGAAGAACAGCAAGUACAGGAUUGCCAAGUCGCGUUACGAUUCGAUUGAUUCGUACAUCUCAAACGACCCAUCCAACAAGCCCGAGUACAACGAUAUACCCCUGGUCUUUGACGAGGACAUUUACAAAAAGCUGUCUGACAAUGGAAUCGACAACCUGCUGGCUCGCCACAUCUCGCAUCUCUUUAUCCGUGACCCCCUGGUCAUCUUCCACGAGCUGCUGAACGUUGACGACAACGAGAGCACAGAUCACUUUGAGAACUUGCAGAGCACCAACUGGCAGACGAUGCGGUUCAAGCCCCCACCCUCCAAGACCAGCCCAAUUGGAUGGCGUGUCGAGUUCCGGUCCAUGGAGAUCCAGUUGACGGACUUUGAGAACGCUGCUUUUGCGAUCUUUAUUGUCCUUGUUACCCGUGCCGUCCUCUCCUUUAACACCAACUUUUAUAUUCCCAUCUCUAAGGUGGAUGAGAAUAUGAAGGUGGCACAGAACCGUAAUGCGGUUCUUGGUGAAAAGUUUCACUUCCGCAAACAGAUCUUCCCCCAGUCUCGCCCUGGAACCCCAGCAGCAGGAACACCAUUUGGAUCACCCAAGUUGUCGAACGCGACCUUGCCCCGGACUGCCCCAGCCGCCCAAAACAACACUCAUAGCAACACUAGUGGAGGAUCUUUGGCACCAGGAUUGGACCGAUCGGACGAGUACGAGUUGAUGACGAUUGACGAGAUUAUCAACGGCGCACCCAGCAAGGGAUUCCCGGGUCUGUUGGGACUUGUGAACAACUACUUGAACACGCUGAACAUUGAUAUUGAGACGCGGUGCGAGAUUAGCAAGUACCUGGAGCUGAUCAAGAAACGUGCGAACGGUACAUUGAUGACAGCUGCCACAUGGACGCGCCAGUUUGUGCAGAACCAUCCAGAAUACAAGCAGGACUCUGUUGUGUCUGACAGGAUCAACUAUGACCUUGUGAAGAUGAUUGAGAAGAUCAACAAGGGCGAGGUGCAGGUGCCUGAACUCCUCGGCACCUUCUCCGUCUAG